AUGCUUCGGCAGAUCGAGCCGAUCAUCGUGCUCGAGCAGCUGGGCAGCACUCUCUUUGAUACCGCGCUGCAGAUGGUGGUCAGGGACCGCUGUGCCAACGCUACCGACCCGGGCCACUCCAGUGAGGAUGCCCAGCAGAAAGCCAUGACCGACUUCUACAUGAUCAACAACCUCAUUAUCCAGCUGACUCCCAUCUUUCCUGCGCUGUUCCUGGCAAGACUGAGCGACCGCGGCCGGAGGAAAGCCCCCAUCGUGUCCCCCCUCACCGGCUACCUGUUGUCUAGGCUCAUCCUGCUCCUGGUAGUCGUUCUAAAACUGCCGCUGCAGGUGAUGUUCGCGGCGGGGACUCUCCUCGGGCUCUCCGGCGGGUUCACCGCAUAUUGGCCCGGUGUAAUGACUCUAGCUUCGCUCGGCUCCACGGCGGCCGACCGCUCCAAGGUGUUGAUGAGGGUGGAGUUCAUGUAUGGGUUAGCAGGUGUGGUGGGCAGCCUCGCUUCUGGCCAUCUGUUCCACCUGUACAGCUCCAGUUUGGGACAUGGGACCAUCCUGCUUAUCAUCAGCACACUGCUGCAUCUGCUCUGCCUCUUACACUCCAUAUUCCUGCUGCAGGUGAAAGGUGUAAGCGACGGAGAGCUGGAGGAGAACCGCCACCUCCUGCUACGCGCCUCCACUAACUCUGUCGAGGCUCCUGUUGAGAUAAACAGAGUGAAUGUGGCUCUGCUGUUUGUGGCUGCCAUCCUGUACGACUUUGCAGUGGGCGGAGCCAUUGAAGUACUGGGCGCCUUUGUGAUGAAAGCACCACUCAGCUGGAACGCCACUCUAGUGGGGUACGGGAAUGCAGCAGGCUGUGUGAUCUUCCUCACCAGUUACAUAGGUGUCAUCGGGUUUCGACGCUGCUGCAGCGACACCUCGCUGAUUCUGAUCGGCAUGGUGUCCUUCGCUGUCGGGAUUUACUUCAUGUCCUUUGUAACGACGACCCUCACUUUCUACCUCGCUCGUGCACUCACCCUGUUUGCUCUCAUCCCGAUGACCACAAUCAGAUCUCUGCUCUCACAGCAGGUCCCAGCUUCUUCAUGUGGCAUGACCCUCACCUUCCUGCAGCUCGCUCUGAAGUUUGCCAGCCUGGCGUACAUUCCCGCUUUCACCAAGAUCUAUCAGGGAACCCUGGACUGGUUCCCAGGCUUUGUGUUCACACUAGCCAGUAUUUUCACAGUACUGGGAAUGAUACCCAUCAGUAUCAUCGGCUGCAGAUCACCUCAGAGGCGGCAGUAUGAGAAGAUUUAG